AAACGCGCCCCCUGAUUGGCUGAGCUACUUCCCGUUUCCCGUCGUUCAUAUACACACGUGAAGGUCAGCAAUAAACCCCCACGACUUCGAUAAAUAGUAAAAUAUUGCUUUUACGACACCAUUUUUAGCAGACAUGGACGGCCAGGGAGCGACAGCUGACCCUCAACUUCAACACUUCAUCGAAAUCGAGUCUCAGAAACAAAGAUUUCAGCAGCUGGUGCAUCAAAUGACUGAGGUUUGCUGGGAGAAAUGUAUGGAUAAACCUGGGCCAAAGCUGGACUCGAGGACAGAAAUGUGCUUUGUUAAUUGUGUGGAGAGAUUUAUUGACACGAGCCAGUUCAUCCUAAACCGACUAGAACAGACUCAGAGGAGCAAGGGAUCAUUCUCUGAGACCAUGUUAGACUAAAAACUCUCACUGAAAGGACUGACGAGGCACAAGCACAGGACCGCUGCUCACAGAGGAGGCCAUUUGGUCCUGACACAGCUGUCUGUACAGUAUGGCGAAGAAAUGUCCAAUCAACUGGGAAAAGGAACAACAUCGUAUGUUACUUUUGAUACAAGUGCCUGAAAUGAACAUCAUCUGGACUCAUGUACAAGUCUUGGGUUUUAUGUGUGGUCUGUUGGAAUACGAGUGUCGCAAAAUGCUUUGACUGUGAUCUGUUGCUAGCAGUUACCUUAUGUUGGUUUUGUUUGUCAGGUCACUGAUUUCAAAUAACUUAACACUCAAACUGUAAAACUAAGCUUGAAUGCAUUAGCGUUCACUGCUGUAACUCACAGGUUAGGUGCAGGAGUUGCAGAGGGCUUGUUCCAUCUGGCAUCUGGGGCAUUCAGCUUGCCAGCAGUUUUUGCCAGCCACAAGGACUUUGCUACCCGCUGGUGUAAUUUAAAAGAACUAAUAAUGUCUGGCAUGAUCAACAGCUAAAGGUUCUGGACUGUACAUAUGCAAUAAACAAAAUGCCAAAUCA